UGAAAAUUGUCUGCUUUUAUCAUUUUUAAACAUUUGCCCGGUGUUUUGUUGGCAAUAUUGCUAUUAUUUGCAUAAAUGGCAAUGGCUGUUGUGAUCCGAGGCUUGGAGCAUCUCAAUCUUGACCUAGGGUCUCCGCGUAAUAUUUGAGUUCGAGCGGGCGCCGGCGGCAGCAGCGAUGAGCGGCGCCGGCGACCAGCGCGUGUUUCUGGUGGACGGCCAGGCCGUGUAUCUGGAGGGAGGCGGCGACAUCUCGGAGGACGUGCUGCAGCAGGCACUGGCGCAGCUGGCCGGACGGGGCGCCGCCGCCACCGAGGAGCAGCAGCAGGCGGGCACCGUGCUCGAGGUGCAGGACGAUGGCGGCGCCGCCGCCGGCGGGGCCAGCGGUGACGCUGUGGAGCUGGCGGACGCAGAGGACGGCGAUGAGGGCGUACUGGCCGUGCUGCAGGACGAGACCGGCCAGCAGCAGACGGUCCGACUGACCCCCAGCCAGGCAGCCGCGCUCGGCAUCGACUACGACGAGCUGCUGGCCGCCGCCGGACAGGUGGAGCCGUCGGCGGAGGAACAGGAGGAGUCUGCCGACGCCUCCGCUGCCGAGCAGCAGCUCUCGGCUGGCGGGGUGCUGGCUCUGGACGCCGGUAAAACCGAGGAGGGAGACAGCAAGGUGACGUACACGUUCGAGGUGGUGGACGACCCGGAGCAGGCGGACGGCGGUUCGGCCGGCUCCGACCUGCUGGCCAAGUCCCGGCAGAUCAUGGUGCCCCAGGUUCGGCCGGGCGGCACGGCGGCGCCCUCCAAAUCGGCCGCCACCGCCGCCUCGACUGUCACCGCUGCCCGGCUCACCGUCGGAAAGGCGGCGUCUGGGUCUGGAACUACCACGGCCUCCGCCGGCGGUACCAAGUCGGCGGCUGCGGACGGCGCCAACAAUGACGCGAACGGCGCAGGCGCCACAGCAGAGGAUCCGUCGGAGGACGACCCCGACGUGCCCGUUAUCCUGACGCCCAUGAACGGCCAGAACCUGCCGGACUUCAUCGAGCCGCGGCCCGGCCUCAAGAUCCUGGUGCGGCCUCUGCGCGAGACGCCUGGCGCGCCGCCGCCGCCCGCGCGGCCGCUCGGCUCUUCAGACAACCCGAUCCAGCUGGUGCAGCAGGGCAACACGUUCAAGUCGCUGCAGCCGCUGAGUGCCGAGCAGCUCAAACAGAUCGCCACAGUGCUCCAGCAGAGCAGGCUCAAUGUGCCCGGAAACGCCAAGAACACCAUCUACGACGCGAAUACCAACACGCGCAUCGUGUACCGGGUGGUGUACCCGGAGGACCAGCGGCCGGCCGGUCGGGGCCGCUCCUCGUCCUACUACACUCCGCGCGGCCGGGGUCGGGGUCGACCUCGCGGCCGGGGCCGGGGUCGCGGCAGGGCGCGGGGCCGGCCGCGCAAGGAAGACUACGACCAGGACUGGCACCCCGGCAUGGACACGGAGAUGGAGCCGGUGGAUCCCGCCGAAAAGAAGAAAAUCACGACUAAAACUCGAACGGGGCGCGUCUCCAAGCCUCCCAAACACAUGGUCAAGGACUACAAGCAUAUUCACAGACUGGACCUGAACCAGCCGGACCUGGACGAUUCGGACGGCGGAUAUUCGGACUACGGAGACCUGGAGACGGGCGGCGACGGGGAGGCAGAGGGCGGCGUGAAGACGGAGCCGGGCGAGGAUGGGGAGGCAGGGACAUCCUCCAAGUCUGGCCAGCGACUGACUGCCGCCGGGACGCCGCGGGUCAAACGCGAGGUGCCGCAGGCGGUCCGUGAUCGGUUCACCUGCCGGACCUGUGGAACGCUGUGUAUUGGCUACGCCCGGCUCGAGGGCCACUAUCGGAAAAAUCCCACACACAGGAGACACUCCAUGGACUUCCCGUCUCCGGUCAAGCCGAGGCCCGCUGUGGUGUACACAGGUCGGAGAGGUCGGCCACCCCGCCAGCCUGCGUUCGAGAGCCGUCUGCCUGCCAAACGACCCCGGUUGGAGGAACCCAAGGAGCCGGAGGAGGAGCCGCUGUCGCCGGAGCAGCUGGUGACCACUCUGCUGGACCAGUCGGGAGGCAGCAUCAACCGGCUCUGUGACGCCAUGGCCGAGUGUGUCAAACAGUUUCGGGAGCGGGUACGCGGCGCGCUGCGCUCCCCCGCUGAGGAUGAGGAGGUGGACGAGAGUGCCGCAUUCACGAUCGACGCCGAGCGGUCGGCGCUGACCGGCCUGCCGGAGGGCGUCUACUUGCCCACCGAGCGGCCCGCGUCAGCGGCAGCCUCAGCCGUCUCGUCGCCGGCGCCGUCGGCCGCUGAGCAGCCCCAGUCUCCGCGGCCGCCGGCCGCCGCGCCAGCCACACUCACACUAGAGGAGGCUCUGGCCGCGCAGAUGGAGGAGCCGCCCGAGCAGCUGAUGGAGACGGAACCGGAGCCGGAGCCGGAGCCAGAGCCAGAGCCAGCGGAAAAGGAGGGAGUCGACACACAGGAGCCCAUGGAGCAGGACGCUGGGGCCGCUCCCGCGUCGGCCGAGGGUGACACGAAGCCGGCGGGCUCUCCGGUGGAGAAGUCUGACCCCGCCGGUACGGCCGCGGAGGGCGAGCGGCCGCCGGCGGGCCGGAAGGAGCCGGCGGAGCCCGUGGGGGAUGUACUGGACGAGUUUGUCGGCGGUCUGGUGGACACGGCCGACUACGCGCCGCUGCCGCCCGGCGGCGAGACGGCGCCGGCGGCGGCGGCCGAGUUUGACGCCGGUCAGAUCCAGAUCCGGCUGCCGGACGGCCGGGACCUGACGGCAGCCGCCGCCGCGCCGGAGACCGCGACUGAGGCCGGGACCGAGGGCGAGACGGAGGCGGAGGCGGGCGCCAGCAUGCCGCUGCUGGCCGAGCAGCGGUGAGCGGCCGGCCGCCAGCGAGGGACCCGAGAACGUACAAACCGCGGCUCCCACCGAGCCGCUGUGAAGAGCAGCCGCUUUUGGCUGCAGUGACGCCAUUUGCUGUGGGUGCUGCGCCGCACGCUUCCACAUUCACACAUUACAUUGUACAUUCUCAUCCCGGAUAAAUAGCAUCUACCCAUCGUCACGAUUUGGUUGGUUUUGCGAAGCUUAUUUGCAACCAGAAUUAUUAUGAACUUCUGGUGUGUGUUGCGCCAGUUUCUAAUAAACUGUGAAUAUG